ACACACACGCACACAAAGACAGAUGCACACACACGAUACACUUGAAUGCUGAUCAAAAUUUUCUCACUGAAAUCUCUGCACCAUCAGAAUCCAACCCCUGUUGCCAUAACUUUACUUCUUUCCUCCUCAUUUCCUUCCUCAGCAGUUUUUGUCAGUCUUUUUGUGUAUUUCAUCUCCAUGGUACAAGCAAACAUAUUGUCACCAAAUGUUACCGUUACCAAGGGCUGACACAAGGGAGAAGGAAGAAGUGAGUUAGGGAAGAUUAUGGAGGAGGUCUGGGGUCUGGGAUGUGGGUAGCGUUUGAAAAGGAGGAAUGCAUCAGACAGUGGGUAAACAUCGCCGGUAGCUUGAAAACACACACACACACAGACACACAGACACACACACACACACGUGCAGACCUAUUAACACACACACAUAUUUCCAUGCGGCUUCCGCCAGUUUCACUGGGAAUUUAAGACAACUUGUCCUCGCUGUGUAGCUCCUGCUCAAACAGGGUUAUAUCUCAGCAGCUGUCUCCAUGGCUCCCCUGUGUUGUGCUGUGUUGGUCCUGCUGUACAUUUUUGACUCUGCCUCAGCCACUACUGUAGCUAACACAGAUUAUGGAGGUGUUCCUCUGUGGAUUAAUCGCCUGUUGGGUGAGCCCAGUGUGACGAGCCUGCAGGGACGGAUGGACUCAGCCUGGUUCCGAGCCAACAACCCUGAAUCCUGCCCUGAACAGUGUGACUGCCCUAUCCAUUGGCCCACAGCACUCUACUGUGACCACAGAGGCUUGGCAGACAUCCCUGACCGCCUGCCAGACAGAACUCAAUACCUGUUUUUACAGGGCAACAACAUCUCAUCUCUGUCCUCCUCCUUUCUGGCCAACAUCACUGAUCUACGCUGGCUCAUCCUGGACCACAACCAGCUGCAGAGCGACAAGCUGGACCAGGCUGCCCUGCAGAACCAGAGCCAGCUGUCCUACUUUUUUGCAAACCACAACCACCUGAAAUCAGUGCCCAGUGCUCUCCCAGCUGGACUCAAGCAGCUGCGACUGGCCCACAACCAAAUCAGGAGCAUCAGCCCCGGAGCUUUCCAGAACCUCCACAACCUGACGCUGCUGCUGCUGCAGGGAAACAGACUGCAAACCAUCACAGAGGGAGACCUCAAAGGUCUGGUCAGUCUGAACCUGCUGGACCUCAGUGGGAAUUCGUUGUCAUCCGUCCCCAAGCAUUUACCCCCUUCUGUCCAGCAGCUCUAUCUGUCCAACAACACUCUCUCUGAGCUGGAUGAAGACAGUUUCGUUGGAUUUCUCAGCCUCAAGUACCUUCGUUUGAGUCACUGUGGUCUGCAGAGCAGCGGCGUCCACCUGCAGGUCUUCAACUUCUCCAGCCUGGUGGAACUGGACCUUUCUUAUAACAAACUAACAACCAUUCCCACAGUCCCCACCACCCUGCAGUACCUCUACCUUGAGGCCAAUCAAAUACAAGAGUUCAAUGUGACCAGUUUCUGCAGAGAGGUGGGACCUCUGUCUUACUCCAGGAUGAAGAUCCUACGACUGGAUGGAAACAAAAUGUCCUACCACCAGCUGCCGUAUGACUGGGUCUUCUGCCUGCGAGUGCUUGAGAGUAUUUACAUCUGAUCCAUCUUCUGAACAUGGAACAAGGGUUACUGUAUAUGACUGGCCGACCUCAUCUAUAAAAAAAGACGUGACUCAACUUCAGAUUUUUAUUUGGCUAUAGCCAACUCAUCACUUGUGAAGUCGAACAGCUCGGCCAUACAGCCAUAAACCAGAGAAGAAUCUGAUUUAUUAUGCUUUCAAUAUGUAGAUACACACCCAAACACUGAAGGGAAAACUGACCUUCAAAAGAUGCCAGAGUUUGAACUUGUACACUAAACCAGUGUUAUUUUAUCAGGAUGCCAAAAGUCAUGAUCAAAACAUUUCUCAUACCACCAGCGCAUUCCCAUGGGUUUCUUUCUCUCUCUCAUUCCAUCUUUUCCAAGUUCUGCCUCAGCAGGGUCGUACAUCUGUGUGUUAUUACUGAAUAGGAACUUUGACAAACCCUCUCAUUUCUGACUGUACAGGGAAAUGCGCUCUGGUUAAACUGAGCUGUCUUAGGAGGGAAAAGGAAACAUGUAUGAAUGGCAAAAUUCAGUAGCCUUCCCAUGAGACUAUCUGACUCACUUAGCUGGGCAGUGUUAAACAGCCACACUAGUCCACACAUGGAGCAGUCCAAAUCUGCUAAUUGUCUAAAACAAAAAUAUUGUUACAUUAAACCUUAAUUUGAAAGCUGAUGUCCAUGAUGCUAAAACAUGAAGUUUGGUUUGUGCAACAAAAAAAUAAAAUGGACAUUGUUAAGAUAAUAUUGUGUACUUUUUGAAAAGCUGCUGCUACUUAGCUGUCACCACAUGAAAUACAAACAAUCUUGAGCAAACAGUGAUUCACAUUACACCCUUGUUUAUGUGUCAGAUUUAAACAUUAUAAUCAUGAAAUUUAGCAAAUAUUUAUAACUGAAAAGAAAUAGAUUUCACACCAGCCUUAAUUAAGGGGAGAUUAUCUACUAUAUCCACCUGAGCACAAUACACUAAUAAAUGUAAAAACAAAAUGGCUGCCAUCUCUGCCAAGUCAGUCUGUGGCUGAUCCUGACACAAAAGUGGACAAAGGACAAAACCUGAACAAAUUUUAUGGUUGAAACCUGUUUGUGAAUGUUUAAUAAUGUUUGUAGUUUCAUAGACAUACACAUUUGACCAAUUCAGCAUUUGUUUGUGGACAUUGGGACUUAAUUAUAGCAGCAUUUGACACAUUCCUAGCUUGGAGUAUGGAGCAAGGAAAAUUCAUAGAGUUACAAAAUGAACAAAUCACAGUUUAGUUUUUGCACAGCCAUGUUCAGGCAUUGAAAUAAACAGUUCUGAACUUUUUUUUUUUACUUGAACAGUGACCUCUAACCCAGAGAGUUACAGAAUAAUGUUGCACUGUUUGUGAUUUUGUUUUUGUACAACAAUAUUCAAGCACUGAAAUUAACAGUAUUACAUUUUAUUUCACACUUGGGGCUAUUAAAAAUAAACCCAGUGUCCCCAUAUGAGGACGUAAUUUAGUUCAAAUACUACUUCCUGUUCAAAGACAAUGACUUAUCAGAUCCUACUGAUGCCAAUUAGCUAGGAGAAAUUAAAAAUGCUUACCAAACAAAAGUUCCAGUCUCAGGAGGUGCUGUGUCACCUUCAGCUCAUUACAUGCAUGCUGUGAGACUUGCGAGACUGAGUGAGACCAGAGGCCUGUACAACAAAGCCAGUUCAACUUACCCAGGAUAUCUUUUACGUUCUCUGGCUUGACUGACCCAAACAUUGGCCGUCUGGAUAACAGGUCCUACGAAGCUGGUUAUCAACCAUUUCAGUCAACUCUGGGUUUUCCUACCCAGCCACAAGUGUGUUCAUGUAAAAGACACGGGGGUGGUA